CAUCCAGCAGCUGAUCGGUAAUCCAGAAGAAGUUUCCCCUCAGUUAGGGGGGAGCUCCACUUUGAAGCAGGAGACUCCACAACCACCCUGCAUUAAAAAGGAAGAGGAGGAACUCUGCAUCACUCAGGAGGGAGAGUGUCUUCUAGGACGAGAGGAAGCUGAUUACACCAAGUUUCCACUGAGUAUUCUCUCUGUGAAGACUGAAGAUGAUGAAGAGAAACCACAAGUAGACAACCUCUUAGCUCCACUAUCAGAUAGUGAGGCUGAAGACGAGGUUGAAGAACCUUUGAGCAGAGAUAAAGACUGUGAAGGUGAUAUGAGGACUCACACUGACAACAAACACUCUGAAUGCUCUAAGAGGAAGAAAGGUAAAAUACAUUUCAGUUGUUCAAUUUGUGCUAAGAGCUGUACUCAAAACAGCAAGUUGACUCUGCACAUGAGAACACACACAGGUGAAAAACCAUUUAACUGUUCGAUUUGUGGUAAAAACUUUUCUUUUAAGUGCACUUUGACUGAACAUAUGAGAACACACACAGGAGAAAAACCAUUUAAAUGUACAGUUUGUGGCAAAAGCUUUUCUGCUAAGAGGAAUUUGACUGAACACAUGAGAACACACACAGGAGAAAAACCAUUUAAUUGUUCAGUUUGUGGCAAAAGCUUUUCUGUUAAGAGUAAUUUGACUCAACACAUGAGAACACACACAGGACUAAGACCAUUUAAUUGUUCUGUUUGUGGUAAAAGCUUUCCUCAAAACAGCUCUUUGUGUCAACACAUGACAACACACGCAGGAGAAAGAACAUUUACUUGUUCAGUUUGUGGGAAAAUAUUUUCUUUUAGGAGGAAUUUGACCCAACACAUGAGAACACACACAGGAGAAAAAACAUUUAAGUGUUCAGUUUGUGGCAAAAGCUUUUCUGUUAAACGUAAUUUGAGUGAACACAUGAAAACACACACGGGAGAAAAAACUUUUACUUGUUCAGUUUGUGGUAAAAUAUUUUCUUUUAAGAGGAAUUUGACUCAACACAUAAGAACACACACAGGUGAAAAACCAUUUAACUGUUCGAUUUGUGAUAAAAACUUUCUUUUUAAGUGCACUUUGACUGACCACAUGAGAACACACACAGGUGAAAAACCAUUUAAAUGUUCAGUUUGUGGCAAAAGCUUUUCUGCUCAGGGGAGUUUGCCGCAACAUAUGAGAACACACACAGGAGAAAAACCAUUUAACUGUUCAGUUUGUUGCAAAGGCUUUUCUGUCAAGAGUAAUUUGACUGAACACAUGAGAACACACACAGCUGAAAAACCAUUUAAUUGUUCAGUUUGUGGCAAAAGCUUUUCUGUUAAGAGAUAUUUGACUGAACACAUGGGAACACACACUGGACUAAGACCAUUUAAUUGUUCAGGUUGUGGUAAAAGCUUUCAUCAAAACAGCUCUUUGUGGCGACACAUGAGAACACACGCUGGAGAAAAACCAUUUAACUGUUCAGUUUGUUGCAAAGGCUUUUCUGUCAAGAGUAAUUUGACUGAACACAUGCGAACACACACAGCUGAAAAACCAUUUAAUUGUUCAGUUUGUGGCAAAAGCUUUUCUGUUAAGAGAUAUUUGACUGGACACAUGGGAACACACACUGGACUAAGAUCAUUUAAUUGUUCAGUUUGUGGUAAAAGCUUUAAUCAAAACAGCUCUUUGUGGCGACACAUGAGAACACACGCUGGAGAAAAAAACAUUUAGUUGUUCAGUGUGCUGUAAAAGGUUCCCACAUAAUGCAGACGCAGUAAAACACAUAAGAACACACAAGGGAAAAUAACCAAUUAGCUGUUUAGUUUGUGGUAUGUUGCUCAUAUGUGGCGACAUCCACCCUACCCAGGACCUCCUCACUGCUUCUUUCACAAAUAUCUGAGGUAUUCAUACAAACUUGGAUUAUUUGGAGCAUAAUCUUAUCUACUCAUGACCCCAUGUCUUCUCUGUAUCUGAAACCUUCCUGAACAGUAAGAUAGAUGAUGCUUCAAGUGCUUGGUUACUCCUUCUUCAGUCCAGGGACCUGGGGCCUCAUGUGUCAAGUUCGCACAUGCUCAAAUACCUGCACUACGCCCUUUUUUAAGGCAAAGUUUAAAUGUUUUAAGUUGACGUAAAAAUUUGCACUGCCUCACGGCAGCUUCAUAGCUGUCAUACGCGCACUUCUACAGGCUGUAUAUGACACACAUAAGUGAUGCUGGUAUACCAAGUAAGAGGUACACGGUAAUGCGUGGCUGUGACUCCUCCCCCUCGACCCAAGGUAAAACAGGAGUAAAAUAAGCAAUCAGUAACCCCACUUAAAAUGCAGCAUGAGACACUGCACACUGAUAUAGUUCUGUGAAAAUGAUUGUCUUCUGUGCAAAUGUAAAGAAAGUGAACAGUGUGUGAUUUACUGCAAUACUGUCAGUCUUUGAACUUUUUAUUUAUGCUUUGUUGAAAUUGUUCACACUCUGCACUGCUUUUAUUCUUCUAUCAAUACACAUUAUGUCUAGAAGACAGGAAGUAACUCAACACUCUUGAAUAGUUUCUACCUCAGUUUGUAUGGUUUGUUGAGUUAGCACAGGAUUAAUAUGUGGAAAUGACAAAUGAGGUAGUUGAUACAUAGAAUAGUUUUUCUCUAUGCUUUAUUUUGUUUUUUGUUCAAACCUAGAUGGGUUGUGACUUAAAGUUUAAUAGUAACACUGAGAUUAAGUCUACGUUCAUUGUGUUCUUCAAGGUGUUUUUGAAAAGGUGCCAUUUUUUCCCCUCAAAAUAUUUUACUAACUUGGAGUAUUUGUCAAGAUGAUUAUUUGUGAUAUGUACAU